AUGCCUCUCACUCCACUCCGCCCCGGCGUUUAUGCGCCGACGAUGACCUUCUUUGAUGCCCAGACCGAAGAGCUCGAUAUCGCCUCCAUUCGCCGUCACGCUGUGCGUCUAGCAAAGGCCGGCCUUGUCGGCCUGGUUACCAUGGGCUCCAACGGUGAGGCUGUGCAUCUCAGCCGCGAAGAGCGCAUGACCGUCAAUCGGGAGACCCGCUCUGCUCUCGAUGAGGCUGGUUUCUCCAACGUGCCCGUCAUCGCCGGUGCCAGCGAGAACAGCAUCCGCGGAACCAUCGACCUGUGCAAGGAGGUCGCAGCUUCUGGCGGCGACUACUACCGCGCCGCAGUCGGCAAUGAUGAGACCCUAUACGAGUACUUCACAGCCGUUGCCGAUGGCUCCCCUGUUCCUAUUAUCCUAUACAACUACCCCGGUGCUGUCGCUGGCAUCGACAUGGACUCCGACCUCAUCAUCCGUAUCUCUGAACACCCUAACAUCGUCGGCACUAAGUUCACUUGUGCCAACACCGGAAAGCUGACUCGUGUCGCUACCGCUCUCGGCGCCAUCACCCCCUCCUCCCCCUUGGCUCCAGCUCAGCGUACCGCAACAGUCUCCAAGCCAAACGCCAAGCACCCAUACAUUGCCUUCGGCGGUAUUGCCGACUUCACUCUGCAGACCCUCGUCUCUGGCGGCUCUGCCAUUCUUGCAGGUGGUGCCAACGUUCUUCCCCGCCUUUGUGUCCGCCUCUUCACGCUCUGGUCCGAGGGCCGUCUCACAGAGGCCAUCGAGGCUCAGCAGCAACUCAGUGCUGCCGACUGGGUUCUUACAAAGGCUUCCAUUCCUGGCACCAAGGGUGCUAUCCAGUCAUACUACGGUUACGGCGGGUUCCCUCGCCGACCUCUCAGCCCUCUUACUGAUGCCCAGUACCAGACCGUUGCUGAUAAGAUCAAGCCUGCUAUGGAUGUGGAAUUGAGCUUGCCUGAUGUGGCAUAG